AUGGGACAUAAGGAGCAUGGAGGGACUUGGCACAUGGAAGCAGCUCAACUGGAUACGCAAAGGAAGAAGGGAGAAGCCAUCUUGAAGACCAGCUCGACCGUCUACUCGACCAACCGGUCGAGUUCCUCAACUCGACCGGCCAAGCUUCAACUCGAUCGAGCUGAGAAGUCAACAGUCAAACCCGAAAAAUGUGUAUGCGAACUCGAUCGAGUCGGUCUACAGAGACUUGGUCGAGCUAGACUUACAACGGGUAGAAAGAGGGUUCAGAGGUCACAGAGGGUACAAGAGGAACCUGAGGUGCUUGUUGCUGAUACAAUGGAUGUACCAGAGGGGAAUGGAAACCCUUUGGGAAUGGACUCGGUCGAGCUAGGCAAACUCGACCGAUUGGUCAAGGAGAUGCUCCAAACCGCCACCAACAGAGACAAGGGAUUGUUCCACCACCAGUGCAGAACCACAACUUUGAGAUCAAGCUGGGAAUGA